AGCAACUCAUGUAGUUUGGAGGCUAUUUUUAUACUAACAGAAUUUAAGAUUACAUUUCUUUAUUAUUUUGAGUUGAUGGUGGGUGACAUUGAACUUUGAUGCCGGUGGAAUGCAAAGUUAGAACCUAUUGAACAUUUUUUAUACUAACGUUAGAAUUCUUUUUUGCUUAGGCAUCCGGAAUCUAAAUCCCACUCGCCCAUCUAAUUUGAAUUAGCAUCGACUAGGCCCACUAAAGAGGUAGAGAGCGCUAGCUACAAGUUCGGUAUAACUCAAUAGUUUUGGCAAUAACGUUGUAUUUGUAUUUUGAUCAGUGGUUUGUUUAUAUGGACUUGAGCAAUUCUCCCUCAAGAGUUAAGCUUUUGGAUUGUGUUUUAUGCUCAAAAAUCAUGUCAUAUUUUUACCUGGUAUAAGAGCUAGGUUUAUCCCUGUUUGGACGUUCAUGCCCCAGUUGGACCUAUGCAUGAACUAAGUGGAUGUUAGAAUGAGUUAGAGUCCUACAUUGAUUUGAGAAUGGACUGUUUGUUUAGAUGGGCGUAGCAAUCCUCUUCUCAAGAGUUAACUUUUUGAAUUGAUUUGGAUGUAAAUGUCAUAUCUUUACAGUAAAAAUCACAAGAUAUGUUCAGAAGACUAGAACCUAGUAAGCUGCCUUAUAUAUAGCCCAAAUCCACCAACACAAAUUUUGGUACCACCUCUAACUUGUUACCCUCUUAGUUUAUGCUAAGUCAAAGUAUCACAUUCACAUAUAAUAGAUUAAUUGAAAUUUGUUCUCCACACACCUUUGGGAAGGAAAAACGUGAGAAUCAUAACUAAGAGACACAAGACAUGUCUCCCACAAUAUCUUGGUUAAUCUAUGUUUAGCUUCUCCCUUAAAUACCUCAAUUCAAUAGUAGAUGGUCGUCUCAAUCCUCACUUCACAUUCACCUUCACAGUUCAAUUUUGCCUUCAUUCAUGGAUCUUCAAGAAUCAAAUGAAUCUAAGUUCCCCAUUUCCCUCAAAGAAUCAACAAACGCACAUCCAAAAUCUGUCAUUUUAACAAUACCUCUCCCAAGGCCACCCUCAAUUAAGUUCUUGAGCAACAGCCUUCCAAAUUCAACAACCUCAUCACCAAGAUUUGCAUCAAAUUCAUCCAAAAAAAAGUGCAGAAACCAAGCUUCUCCUCUGUCCAACAACCCUUUGGCUAGGCAACAUUCUGUGGCACUGGCAAACCUCGAACGGUUGAAAGAAAAUCACUUGCAGAGGAGCAAGUCAUGUGGUGACGGAAGAUCAAGCACACCACCACCGGGAAAACAUGUUGGAUUCACAAAGAUCAAUAGUAGUAGUAGUAGUAUUAAACAUGUUGAGGUAAGCAAAGUUAGCAGAGUAGAUAAAUCAGAGUCUAUUGAUGAGAAGUUCAAAUGUGGUGCCAUGUGUUUGUUUAUUCCUGGUUUAGGAAAAGCAAAACAAGUGAGAGCCAGGAGGGUACAUAAUGUUGGACACAAUGUUUCAAGAAAAGUGUCAUUAGAGAAAUUUGAAUGUGGAUCAUGGACAUCAUCAGCUAUAAUCAAUGAUGAAGAAAAUGAUGAGUCCAAUCUUUUCUUUGAUCUACCAAUUGAGCUCAUUCAAUGCAGUGAUGAUAAGGACAUGACUUGUUCACCAGUAACAACUGCAUUUGUUUUUGACAAGGAGCCAAAAGGGGUCCUGAAGAACAGCACCACCACAGCAAAAAUAGCUGAUAGAAAAGCGAAGGAGUGCGCAACCAGCCAUGUUCGGUUUUCUACCUCAUCCCCGGACUCUGGCUCACCCAUGUCCUGCAUGACUCCUCGCCUUCACAAGGCCAGGGAAGAUUUCAAUGCCCUCCUUGAAGCCCAAUGUGCAUGAGCCCAGAGGUGGAUCCAAGUUCAACCACAGGUUUUGGGUUCGACCGUGUUUUAAGGUCGAACCUUAUAUUACUCGGUCCGUCUCAUUUUAAGUAUCCUACUUUCCUUUUUAGUAUGUCCCCAAAAGAGUGUGUAUGUAGUAAGUUUUCCAAUUUCAGCAUUCUAUGUGUCAAAUUUAAGACCACAAGAUUUAAAGGGAUACACUCUUCACACAUCUUUAAUUUAAAAACACAAAA